CCAUUCAUCACCAAUACUUACAACACUCUCUCUUUCCCCAAAUUUCCCUUUCUACUCCAAAUAAACCCAAAAUUCAAUGGCUUCUCCAACCCUAAUCACUCCAUCCACAUCAACCCCCAAACCCCUCAUCACCCCUAUCCGAUCUAAGCUCAUCUCCAAUGCCGUCUCUCUCCCGAGCACCACUAAACCCCUCCGCCGCCGCGAAUUCCUCUCUCUGGCAGCCGGAAUACUCUCUCCGGCGCUUCUCCUACCCGCCACGUCAGCAUUCGCGGCUUCCGACGAGGAGUACGUGAAGGAAGCAUCGGAAGUGAUUCAGAAGGUGAGAUCUACGCUGAAUAUGGAUAAAGGAGAUCCGAACAUAGCUGAUUCAGUUGCUGAGCUGAGAGAAGCGUCCAAUUACUGGGUCGCCAAGUACAGAAGAGAGAAAGCGUUAUUGGGCCGGGCUUCGUUUCGUGAUAUAUACUCGGCCCUAAAUGCUGUUUCGGGGCAUUAUGUUAGCUUUGGCCCAACUACGCCCAUUCCGGCUAAGAGAAAGAUGAGAAUAUUAGAAGAAAUGGACACUGCUGAGAAGGCUUUACAGAGGGGAAGAUAAGAAAAAUAUGUUUGCCAAUAUUUUUUGCUAUAAUUUAAAUUUUUAUAUAUUUAUUUUCUGACGGAGUUGGAUUUAAAGUCUUAUCAUUUUCUUUAUUAUAAUAAUUCGAAAACCUCAUAAUUUUUUAGGG